AUGGAUGAAAGUCAAUUCCGUCGCGCCUGUGACCGAUGCCAUAACCAUAAACUACGAUGUAAACGGAACGGGGCGAGUGGCUGCGCUCGCUGCAUCAAAGCCGGGGUCAAUUGUGUCUUUAGCCCGUCCCUCCGUGGACGAAAAUCACGGCAAGGACCAGCCGGAGACAACGAAGGCGAUCAGUCUGUGCGCUCAGCUGCGAGUUUGAAUUCAAAUGCACAGCAACAAGACAAUGUGCCAGGCCCUACCACAAACCAGCAACUAUUGCAUAACAUAUCAGAACGUGAUGGUUGUGUUGGCAUAGAAGACAUAAUGCAGCUUGAUCUGGGGUUGAUGGAUUGGCCCGCACAAGAUGCAGACAAAUCUGAGUAUAGCCUUCAUCCUGGCCUGGAUCCCCCGAUAGCUCCAAGACCGUUGAGCAAGCACGAUGAAGCUCAGCAAAUAGCCUUCUCUUCAUCGGAUAGCAUCAUGGAUAGCCCAAAGACAAUCUAUACUGAGUUCUUUGCAACGGCUUAUAAAGACGUGUCAGGUUCACAGAUGACUUCGCACUCCGGUGACACAUCUGGUUGGAUGACUGCAGACUAUGCUGGUGAAAUUGCUGCGACCCCUUGGAUGUCGCAAACCUCACAAAUGGGCCAUAUGUCACCACAUCAACUGCAGACUUUGCCCAGCAAGGAUUAUCAGCCUGACCCUAAUCGAAAAUUAGUCGACAACGGAGGAACAUCUCGUUACAACCACUCGCCACAUCAGUCUGCCUCAGAGGGGGAUGCGAACCCUCGUGUGUCACGGCACGACAAUUGGGUUCGAAGGCUAUCGGAUAUCAAUAUCAAGUUGUAUCAACAUGCCGCCCUAAUGUCACCUCGCGAUGAGCACACACUAAACACUCACUCCUCAAACUACAGUUCUUUCCCUGACGAUGAUGGCUCGUUCCUCUCAAACAAAGACGUAGCAGUUGAUCAGACCUUCAUUAUUACACGGCAGCUACUCGAAAUACUUAACACCCAACAUCCGCCUUCCAAUGGCAUGGACCGUGGUAGCUGUGUACGGGGCACUUUUUCCGACUCUCUGGAUCAUGGCACUCUCCUGCUCAUAUUUUCCUCUUAUCUCCGUGUCCUUGAUGUUUACUCUGCCAUCUUUCGCCAAUUACAUUCCUCGCUUAGUCCGCACCCGUCACGACCAUCAACCUCUGCUUCAUUCAAUCACCCUUCUAACCCUUUCUGUGGCACGGAUGCUCCCACUCACGGCGGCCUGUCGCGUUUCCCGACGCUCAGGAUUGGCGACUUCUCGCUUCAAGCCCCUUCUUCGCUGCACACACUACUUGUUGUCCAGCUAGCGGAGCAGCUACUCCAGCGUAUUUAUGUAACGAUGCAACACUUGAACCGCCGUCGAUCUCAGCGACAUUCAGUCUCAGAACCUUCGCCUCCUCGACCCUCCAGUAAUCGUCACGACACUUUUGAUGGAGCUGCCGAGGAAAAAAAAUGUCGGAGAUGUGUCUGA